AUGGGGCCCAGCACCCCGAAAAACUGGCUAAAAUCGCCCCUGGUUUUAACCCACUUUGGCAAGGACGGCCUAAAGCUUGUACGUCAGUAUGAGCAAACAGCACGUAAGAUGGCGGACUACAGGAACCACCUGAGAUUCAGCCUCAGAUCCCGACAAAACAGGAUUACUCCUAAAAGUCUGCAAAUGAGCACUUCAGUUAAAGGCUUCCGGGCAACAAAAAUUCUCCAGAAGGCACAGCAUCAGUUGCUUAAUGAACGGGUGAGGCAAACAAAUUUUACCAUUGACAUGCUAAAUUCUCAAGAGGAGCGGAUCCGACAGAGACUGACAAUGCUUUUAGAUGAGAAUACUCUUAAAAAGGUGUUUGACUUUACUGAGAAGGCUCGUCUAACACAGCACAAGAAGUCUAAGACCAGGCAACAAAGGAAGUUUGACUUACUUGUUGUUCAUCAGAAACCACUGCAAAAUAUGGAGAGUGUCCUCAGUGACCAGAAGAGACAAGGAUGCGACACCGAGGAUGUGGACAAGUGGGUAAAGAAUUUGUCUGACAGAAAGCUCACUCAAACAGAGAAAACCAUCCUUGCUAAAGGGUUAAAUUUUGCUGUCACACCGAGACAAAUCCCGCUAGUGGAGCUGAUCACAGCCACAGAAACAGCAAUUCGUAACAACAAUAUUGCAGAAGUGGAAGCAGAGCAACUACGGACGAAAGUUUCGGCCUGUCUCAGCAAUGCAAAGCCCCCAGCAUCCAACAUCACCAUGGAGGAGAGGAAGGUACUCACAUCACUUAGUCAUGACAACAACGUUAUCAUCCUUCCGGCAGACAAGGGUAGGUGCACAGUAUUGCUAAACCAGAAGGAAUAUCAUGAGAAAAUUUUGUCACUACUCAGUGAUGAAAAUACUUAUGAGCCCCUGAAACGAGACCCAGGAAGUGGCUACAGGAAGAGGGUGAUAGACUGUCUGAAGCAGUUAGAACAAGACAAGGCUAUUGACCGGACCUCAUACCACAGGCUGUACCCAGGGGAAUCGACACCAAGCCUGUAUGGUUUACCAAAAAUACAUAAACAGGGUGCACCUUUAAGACCGAUUGUCUGCAUGAUCAACUCGGUCACCUAUAACAUCUCCAGGUUUCUGGCUUCGAUCCUCAACCCGCUGCUGGGCAGCUCUGAACACCACAUCCAGAACACCCUGGAUUUUGUUGAGAAGGUGAGAGAUGUCAUUAUGGAGGCAGAUGAAACCAUGGUCUCGUACGACGUUACAUCUCUCUUCACUUGCAUCCCAGUCACGGAAGCGUUGGAGGUAGUCCGUAAGAGAUUACAGGAUGACACCAACCUCAGCAACAGGACCACUCUCAGCAUCAACCAAGUGUGUUUGCUUUUGGAACUGUGUCUUCAUUCCACCUACUUCACAUACAAGGGUCAGUUCUACAGGCAGAAACAUGGGUGUGCCAUGGGCUCCCCAGUUUCACCCAUCGUGUCGAAUUUGUACAUGGAAGAAGUGGAAAAGAGGGCUUUGCUAUCCUUUAAAAAAGAAUGGACUCUAUAUUUAGGCUUUAAUGACAUUCCUGGAACAUCAGCAUCUAGCGACUACGCCAACACUUCCACCUGGCCAUCCCUCAAACUCUCCGUGAGGCGCUCCGUGAGGCUGAAAGGGCCGAGCUUGUGCUCACCUCGCGACCGAACCAGCACUUGGACCCCCCCAAACUACCCUCAAAUCAGAGCCGCGGACUGCAAAGGGGAGGGGGAGGUCGCGGAAAUAUGCCAGCUGCAGCCCUCGGUGCCCUGGAGGCGUCCUCGUCGACCGACCAACCGCUGCUACCGGUGCGAUGAGCCCGGCCACGUGGCGCGCGACUGCCCAGCACCCACCCCGAAGACCAGAACUACGCAGCCUCAGGGAAACGGGGUGGAAGCGGUGUAG